ACACAAGACGCUGAUCACAGCACUGUUAGGUAGCUAACAAGCUAGGUGGUCGACAAAUAUUUGUAUUUUUUUUCCUGAAAGAUCAACAGACUGUAAGCCGUCAACUUCCAUGGCCAGCCCAGGGAUACCAAGGGAUGAAAGUUUGGAGCUGGGGCCAGGUGCUGCAGUGGCAAGCUUUUCAGGCUCUUCUGCCAAGGCUGGUGUCAAAGUAGAUGUCCAGCUUCAAGAUGCUGCCCGCCUAAAAACGGAGGGGAACAAAUUUUACAAGGAGAAGAACAUUCGCUCUGCUAUUGGACGCUAUCACCGCUCACUACUCAUUCUGCGGAGUUUAGACUCUGAUAUCACUGCUGCGGUGAAAGGAUUUGGUCCUGAGGCUCCGGUACUCAACGCAGGACAAGAGGAUUUACUUAGGAACAUACAGGUUGACUGCUACAACAAUUUAGCAGCCUGUCUGCUGCAGAGGGAGCAUACUGACUACACCCGUGUCCUGGAGUACAGUUUGCGGGUGUUGCGGUGGCGGCCAGGUGAUGUAAAGGCCCUGUACAGGGCAGGAGUGGCCACUCUGGAGCUGGGAGACGCACAGGGUGCCAAGCAGUACCUCACUCAGGCCACCAAAGGACAACCCAACGACGCCAACGUGAGGAGGCACCUGCAGCGAGUGGAAGAGAGGCUCAGCACGGAGUACCAGAAGGAGAAGGCUCUGUACCAGGGCAUGUUUUCCUCCGGUCAGAGGAAUGGAUCCGGAGAGGGGGCCAGCGUAGGAGUUACCCAGAAAUAAGUUCCAUCGCGAGGGAUCUUCUGUUGUUUCAGUCUAGGCUGAAGAACUUUGGAGAAGAAGAAACUAGCCAAGACCUCUGUGGUUCAGUGGCCAAUGAUUAUUCAGAGGCUUACUCUGGCCCACCCAGUGUUAUACUGGACUCCAACAUGCCCAACAUGUUAAAAUGGAGGGAAAUUGUACCUGAUAUCCGACCGCAAAGUUGUUGGUCAAAGCGACUGAAGGAUUGACAUUUUGCACUGUUCAAACUCCUUAUCUUCUGAAUGUGGUUGGUUCUGGUCUCAUAAUUAGUCCUGUUCGUAUCUUUGUUCAAAAUCUUUUGAUUCAAAUAAAUAUUUUUAG